AUGCAGUCAAUUGAAUUCCCCCAGUUUUCUCUCUUGCCUCCAGAACUACGCCUGAGAAUUUGGUUCUACUGUCUUCCUCAUCGAGUCGUGCAAAGAGAUGAUCCUUUUUCCCUUACUCAAGUCCGCAAGGAACAGAAAUGCUGGUUUGUACGAUCGACUCUCCAAAAUGCCGCCCCACCACUCAUUGCCUCGGUCUGUCGCGAAUCAAGAGAGAUCGUCAGGCGAUGGGGGAAGAUGGUCACGAUGGAUUAUUGGCUUAAUCUAGGGCGGAUAUGGAUUCAGCCUCUUCUGGACGUUUAUCAUCUCAACUGCGACAGCAUGACUUGUUGGGAGGGUGAUGAUUUACAAAUCGUCAUGGAAUUCUUCGACGAGGGGUAUUAUCGACUCGAUAUGAUGCUACUUUCGCUAAGAGCCGAGUAUUUUUUCCCAUUCAACUUGAAGCCGCCACAUGAACUCGAUGAUAGACCGUUUACAAGAGUCUCUCUAUCUGCUACCAUGAUGUUCAUCUGUGUUCACGCCAAGAGAGAGCAUGCUGCGGAGUCUGGCCUAUUUGGUAUACUUCUCGAUUCGCCAGUGCAGCUGGUAGACUUUGACGACGAAGAUCGGCUAAGAAAAUUUCACGCUCUUUUUGAAAAGGGCUGCUCCAACCACAAGCGACCAGAACUAUCCAAGCAGUUCGCCUCAAUCUUUGCACCCGACUUCCUGUGUCAAGUUCAAAGCUGGAGAGAAAAAGUCGAUUGGCUUAUGAUGGCCAACGCAUGGCUCCGUGCCAAAUAUAAUUACCACAACUGCAUUCCAAUCGAUGGGGAUCCGGGUUUGGUCUGGAAUCCACCCCUUUCGGAUGACCGAACCAGGAUAUACAUGAACAGUUGUUGA